UCAACAAUCACGGCCUGGCUUCCUCCAUACUCAGCAAGGGAUUGGGGUAAUCUGUAUGGUAGCGUAAUCUCGAGUGAUGCCUCCGAGACGACGUACACUCUCUUCUGUGCGCCCGAGACGGCAACCGACUUUGGAUGUUAUAUCGGGGACGCUGCCCCCUUGACAUUCGUUGAAGGGCCCAGCACGUUGCGACAGGAUGCCUCUGUCACCUCUUCAUUCGAAUUCACAAACCAUUGCACCCUCACAGGCACCACAGAAGCAACCUGCUCCUUCUCCUCGUCCAUUGCCCCAAACGUUACCGUGGGGUCCUUCAUCGGCCCCCAAUCCACCUCCGCGGUACGCACCUUCACGGGGACGGAGCUGUACUGGGGCAAGUUGACGUUGGCUGCCCCGCCUAGUACUACGGUUCUUAGCGGCUCGGAGACCAGUACUUUCUUUCCUAAUUCUACCGCGGCGCAAACGAGCAGUCCGACGCCCGCGGGGAUCAGCGGGACGAGUUCAGGUUCU